AUGAGUUCUUUGGCAUUCUUGGUCACAGAGUUGCAGUCGUUGGCAAGUGAAACGAGGAGGAAGCAUCCUGAUGUACGAGAGGCGGCUGAGAAGUCGUUGGCUAUAUUGAGGUCUUCGCCGGAGCAGGCAACUGCGAAUUUGGCCUCUGAUGGGCCGCACUCUGACGAUUUACUGCGACCUGUCUUCAUGGGUUGCGCGACGAAGAAUGCCAAGGUUGUCGGGAUCUCCCUCGGUUCCCUCCAGCGCCUCAUCUCGCUCAAAGCAGUCCCGUUAUCCGCCGUUCCAGUCAUCAUCACAACAAUGAGCGACUGUAUCAGCCAAGGUGUCGAUAUCCAGCUUAAGAUCCUGCAGACGCUACUAUCUCUCAUUACGAACUUCCCGCCAAUACACGGAAAGCUUCUAGGAGACGCUCUUCUCUUGUGUUUUAAGCUUCAGGAAUCUCGAAUAGGUGUAGUCUCCUCGACUGCCGCUGCUACGCUUCGUCAGCUUGUCAUGUUCGUGGUUGAUAAAGUUGUCGAUGAAGACCGAAGAGACAAUGUCCCGCUAGAUCAGAUGGUCGAGACCCAGUUGCCUGACGGAGAUAUCAAAGCGCUCGGACCAGCUGCACAUGACGCGUUUGCGAUUUUCGAGGAUCUGUGCCUGCUCGCCAACUCGGAGCGACCCCAUUUUCUGAAGCUUGAUUUCUUGCACAAGACUUUCGCUCUAGAGCUGAUCGAGAGUGUCCUCACGAACUAUCAUGAACUUUUUCGCCGACAUACAGAGUUGCUGCUCCUCCUUCAACAUCAUCUCUGUCCGCUUCUCCUCAAAUCACUGUCUGAUCGACCCGUAUUUCCUCUGACAUUGCGAUCCACCCGCGUGGUGUUCUUGCUCCUCAAGCAAUUCUCACUUGAACUCCAGACGGAGGCCGAGGUUUUCCUCGCGCUUUUGAUUAAGAUCAUCGGGGGUGAUACCGACAGCAAUAACAGUCAUGUUGAGAGUAUGUCAGCUCGUCCCCAGUGGAUGCGAGUGCUUGCGAUGGAAAUUAUGCGUGGUCUCUGCGGUGAUGCUGAGUUCAUGCGAAAUGCAUGGGAGCGGUACGACGCUCAGCAUCUCGACACAGGAUCUAUGGUAUUCACUGCUCUCAUCACUGCUCUCAAGCGGCUGGUCACGGAGAAGCCUGCUGUGCUUGGGGUCAGCCAUCAGAUGUUGGGUGUUGGAGGAAGUGCAGGUGAAAGCGCAGGGGGUGCAGGGUACGGGCGAGACGUUGGUGGGGUUGCGGGAAUGGUCGCUACAGCAGCUAGUGCAACAAUGUCAGGGAUGGUAGGUAUGAUCGGUUCAGAGGCGGGAUUGAGCCUUCACGCGUCUACUAUGAAGCUACAAUGCAUCGACCAGCUCGAUAAAGCUGAUGCUCCACCUAUACCCGAAGCUUACAUCUAUCUGCUGGGUGUGCAGUGCAUCGUAUCCCUUUGUGAAGGAUUUGCAUCCUUCACUGCGCCUCUGUACACGAGCAUCAUGGUCCAGAAGCCUCGUGCAGCAGGAGAUGCUAUUGUCCGUGCACCCGCGGCUCUCGACCCAACCACACUUCCUGCAUCCGAGCCUGCGCGCGCUGGCCUAAUAGCGGUCCGCGAUAUGCUCGCUGCCGGGUGGCCUGCUCUAUUGGCCGCUCUGUCCUUCCUCAUCUCUACAAAUCUCUCCGACGAGCUCUUUGUCGAUGUGCUCGCUGCGCACCAGGCUUUAACGAACGUGACAGGCAUGCUGGCGUUACCAACUCCCCGCGAUGCUUUCCUCACUAGCCUCUCGAAGUCCGCUAUUCCUUCGCGCGUGGUGUCUAGCCUUGAUUCUUAUGUCGAGCCCCCAACUCCCCGCUCUGCUGCCUCUUUCUCGGAGAACCUUGGUUUGACAGGACCUACCCAGUCGCCAGGUCUGUCAGAGCGCAACAUGGCCUGUUUGAAAGUCCUGAUUACCAGCGCACUCUUCCUGGCUGGUAGUCUAGGCGAGAAUUGGUUCGACGUGCUUGAAGCGCUUCAGAACGCGGACUAUGUGCUUACAAGUAAAGGGCAGAGGACUGUUCCUUCGACUCCUUCCAAGCGCUCUUCUGUCCUUGGAACUCCACAGCGAUCUAUCUCUGUUUCCGGCUCGGCUCCAGCAGCACCUGCCCAUCCACCACAGCAGGCUAUUCGCCAUCCGUUGCUCUCUGACUUGGAUGUCGAGAGCGUGCAACUGGCGAUUCAGCGACUUUUCGACGCAUCCAAGAACCUGGAGGAUGCUGCGUUCAAGGAUUUCGUGAACGCGUUGUGCAGGCUGAGCUCGGAGAUGGUUGGGAUGCAAUCUCAGGCAGACUCGAGCAUCAUAUUGGAAUCAGAGUCGGCAGACGAUUCCACUAUGACAGGUAGCACGACCAGCUUGAACUCAAUGUUGACGGCUCGGUCAGAACGCGCUAGCAGGCGGCGAGUGAGCGGUAUUCAUCUGCCCCGAACGUUGCGUUCUGGAGACUUUGGAAUCAAUAAGCUUGGUGGUGUGGCGGUCCUCAACAUCCACAGGCUUAUUUAUCGUUCCCCAGAUAUUGCGUGGGAUACGAUCACUUCUCAUCUGCUGUCAGUCAUUCGGCAUUCGACCGCCCCACAGCCGAUACGACUUCAAGCCGCACAAAUCCUAGAUGACAUUUUGAUCGUUGUACCUCGAAACUUGAGUACUACGGGGGACCUCCAAUCCGCUGUCCAGCGUCGUGUACUCGACGUCCUCGCUCAGCAAAUAAAGCUAGAUGGGCCUACUGGUGCUAGCCAGUCCGGUAUCAAUGUUGAGCUCCGCCGCAUGGGCUUGGAAACUCUUCACCAGAUCUUGCAGUCAUCAGGUCACACGCUGGUGGUAGGUUGGGAGACAAUCUUCGAAGUCCUGAACAGCGUGUGCAAACCCGCACAGCCGGUUCCAUCGUUAUCUAGCGACUCAGUAUCUUCUGCAGGAUCCUCCCCCACCACUCCUCGAACAAAGCCUCUUCCGCUUGGCUAUGUGAAUGAGAGGGGCUACACGACCUUGAUCAAGAUCGCGUUCCAGUCAUUGACUCUAGUUUGCGAUUCACUUUCGGCUCUGUCUCCAGAACAUCUGCGUAUGUGCAUUAGUACGCUAGGCCACUUCGGCAGGCAGGCGGACACGAAUAUCGCGCUGACUGCUGCUGAGAGCCUUUUCUGGGGUGUUUCCGAUUCAAUCCAGGCCAAGCGCAAAGAUGCAGAGAAGGAGCCCGAGUACAGCGCCUUGUGGAUGUUCCUCUUGCUCGAGAUUCUGAGGCUGUGUGCAGAUGCUCGUCCGGAAGUAAGGAUGGGUGCUAUCCAGACGCUGUUCAGGACACUACAGCUAUAUGGCGCUACACUCAGCCUCGAUACGUGGGAGGAAUGCAUCUGGAAGGUCACCUUCCCGCUACUCGAUUCACUCACAGCCUCCAUUCGACAGAGCUCGACUAUCUCGCCAUCACCAUCCUCUUCAUCAUUUGAGACGUCUCAAUUCGAUGUCUCUACUCCGGAGCAGGCUUGGGACGAAUCCAAAGUGGUCGCCCUACAAUCCAUAGGGUCGAUUUUCCAUGAUUUUCUCGUCUCAAAGGUCAUGCAUCUGUCCUCUUUCAGCAAAGCUUGGGAAGUCUUCGUGAUGCACAUCCGUGAUUCAUUCUUGCUUGAUAAUCGAAUCAUCAGCGCACCUGCGCUGCGCUGUCUUGAGAAGACAUUGAAGGCUUCGGCGGCAGGCGCUUCGGACGCGGAACUCAGGCCACGAGUGAUUGAAGCUUGGGAGAAGGCAUGGGUUGUAUGCGAUGAGAUGGGAGAAUCGGUGGUCAAGAGGGCGAGUGUUGCGAGUGAGAGAGCUCAGGCACACAAACCUUUCACGCAGGAGAGUCUCGUCGCGUUUGUGGACGUCAUUCUUAGCACAAGAAGCGUCAGUCGAACGCUGGAGGAUGUCGAGUGGCCUCUCAAUCGUAUCGUCAGACUGAUGGCCAUUCUAAAGGGUGUCUUGACCUAUCCUAAUUCUCCAGAUUACAGACCAGACGUCGACGGGCUCACACCAGUUCAGACUAUCGUCAUGGAGGCUGUGGGCAGCAUUGGGCUCGAGACUCCCGGCGUUCCAUCCGUCAUAUUGCGAGAUUUGUCUGAAUAUGCGACGUUACCCUUCCUUGCUGCCUUUGACAUCCCAGACCCAUCAUUAUUAGCAUCUGCUACAAAGAAACCAACAGCGGCCACUUCGAAGCAAAAGCGCAUCACAUACAUCAGCCUGUCAAAGAAAUGCAUGCCCAUGUUGGUCGAACUAUUCCUUCGGUUCAAGGAUAAGGUCGAAGUAUACGUCGAUGGCACUUUGGAGGCUGUGCUGUCUGCAUAUUCUAUCCCUAUCAAACUUAAGUAUGACUGUCCGCCUCCGUCAAAGUUCGGAAAGGAUCCCCCCUUGUGGAAGACCGCGACUACAAGCUUCCUGCGGAUCGUCCGUGAAAUUGCAUCCCAGGUCCAGAGCUUCGGUUCAGACCUACCGGAUGAUCGCGUCGAGGGUAUCUGGAGGCAAACAAUCGAUGUCUUCCGUGGUGGUAUCUUGGCUGACUGCUCCGUGGCGGACAGUUUCACGUUUGACGUGCAAGAGGAGGAAGAAAAUUUCGACCUUGCUCUCAUCGCAUCAUUAGAAAUCGACGUCGUUCCGCACCUAGGAGACAGUCGUGUCCCCGACUAUCUUAUCACUCAUCUUGCGAAAAUCCUACAACAAGGGAGUCAGCUGCGGGAGUAUGACCCCGAAGAGGACUACAUGUUCACCCCGAUUACGCCUAUGACGGCGCCUGCUUCUGGCAAAGGUAAUUGGACUCAUGACGGCGACGAAUACCCCGCGACAAUAAAUCCUACAGUCUUCGUUUCAAGGGAGCGCUUUUCCUACUGGUGUUUCGAUUUGCUCUUCCUCAUCUGUUCAGAUGUCUCCAAAGACCACGAAGAGUCCCGCAAACGAGUGGCAGCCUUGAGUCUGUCAUCGUUGCUUGGUCGAUGUAGAACUACUCUCGCGGGUUACGCAGCCGACGAGAGCCUCCGAGGCAGUAUCCCCUUCCCAAGGGUACGGGAAGAAGAGUUGCUGUAUGUUUUGCACAAACUUCAAGAGCUUCGACUAUGGCCCGGAAGUCUGUGGGCUGCUUUAUCUGAUAGCCCGUCAAAGUAUGCGACCUACCAACCAGAUAUUGAUACCAGCCUAUCACCAUCUCAACUCAUAGCUGAUUCGGUUAAGCGUUCUGCCAAGGCGCACCUUUUCCAUUUCUAUACUGUGCUCUGUCAGAUCGCCUCCAUCGCGCGUAAGGCGCCAUCAGCAUGGGUGAUGUCUGACCACUUGCUCUCACCGCCCGUAACACCCCCUGGGAAGCAAACCCUGGAUCUUCCUGUAGACACUGGGAGCAGAGUCGCAGCCAGUGGGCUUCGCAGCAGUAAGAUCACUGCGCUGGAUGCAAGGGCAUUGGCGAGAGAGUGCUUACAAGAAGUUGGGAGCGAAAUGGGGGUGCCUCGGUAGUUGAUCGGAUCUAUUCUUUCUAUGUACACCCAGGAUAUAUUUGUAUGUGUAACAAGUCGUUCAUAUCAUCAAUAUGUUGUUUGACAAGACUAGGGUCUUGUUCCG